CGAGAUUACUAGUAGCAAAAUCAUAAAUUUUUUAAUUACCAUACAAAUCAAGUAGCAAUAUUGCACAUUAUUUGUGCCUUGAAAAUAUCGAGCGACGAGGAAAUUAACUCAGGAAACAAAUAUAAAAAUGUAUAUGGUACUGUGGCAUGCCAGCAGGUCUCAUAAUUAUCUCCACCGAAAUUCCAGAAGUUUUUAACUUCUUCCAUAUAUUAUUUUCCGUGAAACACUUGGCUUCUUUCUCUAUAAAAUCUUCUUGUCUUUAUUUUUAUUUUUCAACAUAUCGGAGAGAGAAAACAAGAAAAUGGAAAUAGCAUGGUCCACUAAUAUUGUUAUCGCUGCAGCGACAGUAGUUGUGUUGCUUUCAUGGGGAUGGAGGGUCCUCAAUUGGUUAUGGCUGAGGCCAAAGAAGCUUGAGAGGUUGCUAAUAGAUCAAGGCCUUCGAGGCACACCGUACAAGGUUCUAGUUGGAGACUCGAAAGAUUUUAUGAAGAUGCAAAGUGAAGCCAGAACCAAACCCAUGAACACCUCUGAUGAUGAUAUUGUUCCUCGUACGCAGCCUUAUGUCCUACAAUGCUUCAACAAAUACGGAAAGAAUUCUUUUUUCUGGUCUGGAGGAAUACCAAUAGUGAUAGUCACAGAUCCUGAACUAAUCAAAGAUGUAUUCAACAAGAUCUAUGAUUUUCCAAAGCCAAAUACAAAUCCAUUGAUCAAAUUAUUGGUUAAUGGGCUUGGUGGCCAUGAGGGUGAGAAAUGGAGAAAACAUAGAAGAAUAAUCAAUCCUGCAUUUCAUUCAGAAAAGUUGAAGAUUAUGAUACCAAUAUUCUUCAAAAGUUGCAAUGACAUCAUAAGUAAAUGGGAGAAAAUGAUAUCGUCGAAUGAAUCAUGCGAAAUAGAUGUGUGGCCUUCUUUUCAAAAUCUAGCCGGUGAUGUUAUCUCUCGAGCAGCAUUCGGAAGCAGCUAUGAAGAAGGAAUAAGAAUAUUUGAACUUCAAAGAGAGCAACUUAAACUUACCAUGGAAGUUGUGAUGAAAGUUUAUAUUCCCGGAUCGAGGUUUUUACCUACUCGUAACAAUAGGAGGAUGAAGGAAAUUGACAGAGAAAUAAAAACUUCACUUAAGAAAAUAAUUAAUAAGAAAGAGAAAGCACUAAAAGCAGGUGAGACAGCAAAAGAUGAUUUACUGGGUAUAUUGUUGGAAUCAAAUCAGAAGGAAAUUGAAGAGUAUGGAAAGAAGAAGAAUAAUGGAAUGAGUGUUGAAGAUGUAAUCGACGAAUGUAAAUUGUUCUACUUUGCGGGACAAGAGACGACUUCAGUUUUGCUGGUUUGGAGCAUGGUGUUACUCAGUAAGCAUUCUCAUUGGCAAGCUCGGGCAAGGGAGGAAGUCUUGCAGGUCUUUGGUAGCCAGAAACCACACCUUGAUGGCUUAAAUCGCCUUAAGAUUGUCACUAUGAUAUUAUAUGAGGUUCUCAGGUUAUAUCCACCAGUACCUGGACUUACUCGAACUACCGCCAAAGAUAUAAAACUUGGAGACCUAAAUUUGCCUGAAGGAGUGCAAAUUUUCUUCCCAAUUGUUUUGAUUCACCAUGAUUUCAAACUUUGGGGUAAUGAUGCAAAGAAUUUCAAUCCUGAAAGAUUUUCAGAAGGAGUAUUUAAGGCGACAAAUGGCAAAGCUUCUUUUUUGCCAUUUGGAUGGGGUCCUAGAAUCUGUAUUGGACAAAACUUCUCGUUAUUAGAAGCAAAGAUGGCUUUAUCAUUGAUUCUACAACAUUUUUCAUUUGAACUUUCUCCAGCUUAUACUCAUGCUCCGAUGACUAUGGCUUUACUUCAUCCACAACAUGGUGCUCAUAUCAUUUUACAUAAGAAGGAGGAGUGAUGGAAGGAGGAGAAGAGAUAAUGAAGGUAAAAUCAAAGAGGACAGAAUUGAAAAAGUGGAGGUUAAGAUUUCAAGGAAAGUGUAAUCCAAAAGCUUAUCUUGAGUGAAAAUUAAAAAUUGAGCAAUUAUUCUCAUGCCAUAUUUACACCAAAGAGAAUAAAAUAAAGGUGGCAGCCACAAUUACAAAAGGAGCGGCUUAGAUAUGAAGAACUAUUAAUGGAUAAAUGGGACGAAAUGAAGAGGUUGAUGAAAAAGAGAUUUAUCCCUUCCCGUGAUCAUAGGGACCUUUAUAAUAAACUCCAAAGACUUUCACAAGACAGUACGAGUGUGGAUGAAUAUUUCAAGGAGAUGAAAGUGUCUUUGAUUAG